AUGAGUCCUCCUUUAAGCGACGGCGAAUACAUACAAGGCAAUCAGCCACUUAUCGACAACUGGCUUUUGCAGCGCUCUUAUCACGGAGCACAAGAUACGACCGGUCAUCAUAUUCCAUGGGAUUAUCAACCAGUUCAACCUCACUACAACCACCUCCACCAACCAGAAUAUGACUCGCAUUCUCAGAGCAGGCCUUCAUACGACAGCUGCGUAGACGUCAAAUACCCUGAUACUAGUGACGGCCGAUCUGAGAAUAUGUCGGCUAGCACUGGACACUACGCUUUCCCUUCCCCUAACGAAUCUCACAUACACGAAACCUAUUAUACAGAGAGGCAGGACGCUGGUGUGUGGGGCUGGCCACAAUCGAUGCCUGAUAAUGUCCACACUCCGUUGCACUCGAAUCUGGCCAUUCAAGACCUUGGUAACACACCCGAGCAUGGCAGGGUUUCCUUCUUCUCCGAGCCAAGCCCGUCGAUGGCCAAACCUGGUGCUCAGACAUCUCCAAGCGCAUUCUCCGAUGAUACGACGCCGACAGACCUUAUCCCCAACCCUCCGACUGAAUUGAUAGAUCCACCAUCGGAGGACAUGACCCCCAGCGACAAGACCAUGAUCCCACAAAGACGUAACCUCAAGGACCCGAAUCACCUAUACAUGCCACGUUGGAUCAGAGGAGAUGGCAAACAACGUGAAGGCUGGUGCGGAGCAUGCCGUCCUGGAAAAUGGUUGAGCCUAAAGCGCAGUACCUACUGGUAUCAUAAGAACUUCUGCCACGGUAUUACAGUCAUGGGCACUCCAUUUCCGCGGCCAACUCGAACCCGCGCACUAGCCGAUGACAAGGGAUACGAAGGGUUUUGCGGAACGUGCAACAAGUGGAUUGUCCUGAAUGGAGGAAAGAAGAGCCAUACUUCUUGGUUCAGACACGCUUACAAGUGUGACCCAUCUGCAGUCGCCAGAGUAUCUCCAUCCAGGAGUUUUGCAUAG